CAGACAGACAGACAGAGAGAGAUGGAAAAAGAGAGGGUGACAAUGACAGGGAUAGGGAUAGGAGAGAAAAGAAAGAAGGGAGAGUAAAGAGAGUACGGGGAAACAACCCCGGUAGCCGAGACACCAAAGGGUGUAGCGUGAUUCUGAUUUCUUGAUAUCCAUUUCGUUGGUACAUUUUCUCAAGCAAACGUUUUGAAGAACCUAACAAUGGAUGCGACGAAGAUCGGGAAGGACAAAGGAAAGAAUGGCAAGGAUGUUGAGACGAAUGACGAGAGGAUACUCUAAAUGGACAUCAGCUCAGAUGAAGAGUCAAGACCAAUAGUGCAUAAAUGGUUUCAAGAUCAACCACAAAACUUCUUUCGAGGAAGCCAGGCAUUAAUGCUACGUUGGAACAAUUGUAUUAAAUACGAAUAAGGUAGCAGGAGGACCACCGGUAACUACUGCACCACCGCCCCCAACGUUGAUUAAUAAAAUUAAAUAUCAACCUGGAGGUCCUAUAAUAAAGAAAGAUAAACGACAAAGUAGCUCAAGAUUUAACAUAUCGAAAAAUCGCGAACUUCAAAAGUUGCCGCUCCUAUCUGAAACGCAACAAGGAAACGAAAGGGAAGAACUUUUCAUCCAGAAAUUACGUCAAUGUUGCGUGCUGUUCGAUUUCGAGUCCGAUCCCCUUUCGGAUUUAAAAUGGAAAGAGGUAAAGCGUACCGCUCUAAACGAAAUGGUCGAAUAUGUCACCAAGAACAAAAAUGUGAUCACGGAAGCGAUAUAUCCUGAGGCAGUGAAUAUGUUCGCAGUGAAUCUUUUUCGCACUCUUCCUCCAUCAUCAAAUCCAAACGGAGCUGAAUUUGAUCCGGAAGAAGAUGAGCCAACAUUAGAAGCGGCCUGGCCUCAUUUACAGCUAGUUUAUGAAUUUUUCUUACGAUUGCUUGAAUCUCAGGAUUUUCAACCUUCUAUCGCUAGACGUUACAUAGAUCAAAAGUUUGUAUUGCAACUUUUAGAGUUAUUCGAUUCGGAAGAUCCACGAGAAAGAGAUUUUUUAAAAACAACGCUUCAUAGAAUUUAUGGAAAAUUUUUGGGGCUCAGAGCGUAUAUUAGAAAGCAAAUAAAUAAUGUUUUUUAUCGAUUUAUAUACGAAACCGAGCAUCAUAAUGGUAUUGCUGAACUUCUUGAGAUUUUGGGAAGUAUAAUCAAUGGAUUUGCAUUACCAUUAAAAGAGGAACAUAAAGUAUUUUUAUUGAAGGUGCUUUUACCUUUACAUAAAGCUAAAUCGCUCUCUGUAUAUCAUCCCCAAUUGGCGUAUUGCGUGGUUCAAUUUUUGGAGAAAGAUCCGUCGUUAACUGAACCUGUUAUUAGAAGUCUGUUGAAAUUUUGGCCAAAAACACAUUCUCCGAAGGAAGUAAUGUUUUUAAAUGAACUCGAAGAAAUUCUUGACGUGAUCGAACCUGCGGAAUUCCAAAAAGUUAUGGAUCCGUUGUUUAGACAAUUAGCGAAAUGUGUAUCAUCUCCGCACUUUCAGGUCGCUGAAAGAGCUUUGUAUUACUGGAACAACGAAUACAUAAUGUCACUUAUAUCGGAUAAUUAUUCAGUCAUUCUACCAAUUAUGUAUCCAGCAUUCUAUAGAAAUUCCCGAAAUCAUUGGAACAAAACUAUUCAUGGUUUAAUCUAUAAUGCAUUAAAGCUUUUUAUGGAGAUGAAUCAGAAAGUAUUCGACGAGUGUACUCAACAGUAUUAUCAGGAUCGACAAAGAGAAAGAAAACUUAUGAAAGACAGAGAUGAAGCGUGGAUGCGCGUUGAAGCUUUGGCAAUGCGACAUCCAAAUUACAAUGCGACUAUAAAAGGUAUUACGAAUACAACAAUUGGUACAAUAUCGCAACAACAAUUAGACAGUCCUCCGCCCGAUGAAGAUGGUGAUACAGAUCAGACACCACUUACAUUGGAAAAAAUAGAAGCGAAAGCAAACGAGGCAAAAAAAAUGACAAACUCUAAUAAAACAAAGCCACUUUUACGAAGGAAAAGCGAUUUACCCCAAGACACGUAUACAAUGCGGGCAUUAUCUGAUCAUAAACGUGCAGACGAAUAUCUCGUUACGCCACCGGAUCCUAAUAAUUGCUAGUCUCUACCGCAAUCUCUUCCCAUGUAUCCUCUCUUUUGCUGCAGUGAUUUUGGGAGUUAGCUUUUUCGAAGAGAGAACUAAAACAGCGAUGAGUCGAAUCUAAUCAAGCGAUCAUCACAUUCGACGAUAACCGCCUGAAACAGAGUUUGAUCAUAUAGAGAAGUCAACAAUGUCGUAAUCCAAUCUUCCCUACCCUUCGUCUUGUAUCAAUAUUAUCGAGAUAUAUAUUCUAAUAUUUUUCUUCGUAUCUCGAUAAAUGAAAAAAAAAAAAAAAAAAAAAGCUUUCUCUCACUGCACCCAGCACAUUCGGAAGAUGUAUCCAUGUCCGUAGUAAUCUAUAAAAA